UGAUCGAGCAAGAGAUUCAUAAUGGCAGACUGUAACCAACACAUGCUGGAGGAACAUGGUGAAGUUGCAUGAUCUGUAAGAAGUACAAAUUAACGAUGACGGAAACAAGGAAUGACAUAAUAUGGGUUGGCAGUGAACUCGGAUACUUGAAAACAAUAUCUGCUGAUACAGGGGUUGUGAUGAAUUAUGGUGAGGCGGGAGAGCUUGGACGAAAGAAUGCGCCUAGCUCACUGCUAUGGAAAGACUCGCAGGAGCAAGAACUGUUUGUUGGUAAAGAUAGCGGCACAGUUCAAAUUUUUUCAUGCAAGUCACUAACUUAUAGUUUGCCAGAGCUGGUCUGCGGAAGCAGCCCAAUUAGAGGAAUUGGGUGUUUUGAAGAAAAGGUAUUUGCUUGCACGGAGAAAGGUUACUUCAAAUGCUGGAAUGGAAACGAAAUAAUUUUGGAGAAAUGUGUCGGUAACGAUGUUAGAAAGUUAAAACAAAUUACUUUAAACCAAGGUAUAUUUGCAACUGGGGGCAAAGAAAAUGAUUUGAAGGUUUUUGAUUUAAACAAGUUUGGAAAGCCAAUAUUUGCAGCUAAAAAUGUAAAGAACGAUUCUUUGGAUUUACGUCAGCCAGUAUGGAUCAAUGACAUCUGCUUCUUAGGUAAUGACGAAUCCAAGAUUGUUGUUGCCACAGGAUACCAUAGUAUAAAGAUAUAUGACACAAAAAAGCAAAGAAGACCUAUAUCUGUUGUUGAAUGGGAGUCAUAUCCUAUAACUGCUCUUUCAGUUGCAGCCAAUAGCAAUGAUAUCAUAGUGGGAAAUACCUUUGGCAGUAUGGCAUCAAUUGAUAUUAGGAAUAACAGAAUAAGUGGAACAUACAAAGGGGCAGCUGGAAGUAUAUCCUCUAUUGACUGUCAUAUACAGCAAGAUUUAGUAGCAUCAGUUGGUUUAGACAGAUUUCUAAGGAUAUAUAACAUAAAGACUAGAAGUUUGUUACAGAAGCAUUACCUGAAGUCUCAACUGUCUUCAGUUCUUUUGUCAAUGAAAAACUAUACUGGAGAACUUUCUGCAAGCGACAUAAAAGAAGAAAAACAGAAAAUUCAAACAAAAGACCGUGAAGACAUAAGAGAACAAAAUGACAUGCUCUGGAACCAAAUGGCAGUUGCAACUGAUGAGGUACCAACAAAGAAAAGGAAGGCAAAUGAAAAGGGUAGCAAAAGGGAUAAAAGCAAAAUACAACUAAAGUAGUAGUGUGAAGCAAAAUAUUGGGCCAUAAUUGCUAACAAGAUUCAGUAUUGUUGUAAAUGAUUGUAGUCAAGUCAGCAAGAUCAAUCAACUCAGUUACAUUUAUCUUUUUUGUUUUGAAAUAUUGCUUGAUAAUUAUCGUGGAAUGUCUGAGCACUAGAAAUUUACCGUUUACUUCCUGUAUUCAUAGCUAUGUUUACAUUGCAAUAUAAGAAAUCGUCAGAAAUUUAGUAGCAACAACUGCUGCAAAACCUUUGUCUUGUUUGUCAUUCUUACUGUUUUCACUUUGAUUUUUAACAAAUUAUUAAAGAAGUACACUUGUCUCAUUAUUUGGUAAAAUUAGGUUAAACAGACUUUGAAAUUAUUGUUUUUUUUCUUCAAGAAUUCUUUUAUGAACCACUGAGUCACAAAAGUUUAUUUGACAAAUCUGGGAAAUUUCUAAGAAAAUUGGCCUUAAUGUCUGGCACCAGAUGUAUCUUGACAAAGAUUUAGAGAAAAAGCUUUUAGUCUGCAAAAACUGGCAAAAGUUUCAACAUCCCUUUCCCCCCACCAGAUCUUUCAAUUUGACUAAACCUUCCUGAAAAGGGCUCACAAUUAUAUGAUUGUUUCAUUUCAUAUGAAUAAAAAAUUUCAACAAAAUAUUUACAAAGUACAUCUCUUUAAUAGAAGGUUGAUUAUCCAUGUUAACAAACCUCAGAAUAAGAACAAGUCAUUGAAACUACAAGGAAGAAAUUGUUGAAAAACUAUUUUAUCAGUUUCAAAAGGCAACAUUGCUUUCAUGAAAUGUUGAAUACAGGCUUUUGUAAAGGGAAGUGUCAUUUCAAUUAUAAAUCACUGCAAAAACGUUUUCAGAAAUAACAUUUCAUGAAAGCAAAGUUUGGCGUGACUUCCCAGAAAAGUCAUCAAAAGGCAAUAACAAAUUUGUCAUCUCUAUGCCUAAAACUAUUCAGUUCUAUCUAUUCUAUUGCAGCAGCUCAUUCUGAAUUCCAUGUUUUUGAGGUAGCUCAAAGUAAAGAAUUAAAGAAAAACAGAAAAGUACUACUUGCAACACAAUUAUCAAUAUCCCCUCCCCCCUUCAACUGCAA